UGAUGGAUUGGCACACACCUCUCAUCACUCCUUCUGCAACACAUCAACCGCAAGGAGUGGAUAAUGAAACAAGUCUCAACAAUUAAGAAUUUAUAUAUGCAUCAAUUUUCUAGGCUGUCAAUUUUUCAAGGGCUGUCAUUUCUAUCUAACAACAAAAAUUUUAUCAUUGUUUAUCAUAUUGGUAGAUAAAUGAGCAUUUUGUUAGCUGGCAUUCUUUGUUAUUUUCUUGGCAUCUAAUGUCUUUCAUAAAAUUUUUGGAUCAUUCACAGGAAAUAACAUACAGACAUUGGGAAAGCUUCAGUUUAACCCUUGUAUUCUGUUGCAAGUCAAAUAAUCAGGUAGUUGUCUGAUGUCCAAGAAGGUGUGUACAAGGAAGAUGAUGCUCAGACUGAAUGUCUAUGCUAGAUGUGGUGUCAUCUUUUCCUCUUUCUCAUCAUCGUAGUCUUAAGCUGUAGCACUGAUGCCAAGUGUUUCUGUGAUCUCCAUAGCAUAUCUAAAGAAUACUUCAAUUUUUUGUUGUUUGCAAUAAUAUUGAUCAAUUAACAAAUCUUCCUGGACAAUUGAAUUAAUUCCACCUAUUGUUGAACUACCAGGUCAGCUAUAAGAAUAUUAAAUUGUCAUAUUUACCUCGAAUGUUUCCUAUAAAUGCUAACUUCCUAAUCUUGAAAUAGUAUUGAUUUUGUUUCAAAAUAAGAAUUAAGGCUGUAUCGAUUAUGGUUUACUUGAAAAGAUUCCUUGUAGUGAUGAAAAUUUAGCAAAUUUUCUGCAGUCUCAUAGAUAUGCUGCUCUUAAUUUAGAUGCUUUAAUAAGUUUGUAAUUAAUUACUGCAGGAUAUUGCUGAAGAUCACUUAUAGCUAAAUCUUUAGAUGCUUGUAGCUUGCUGCUUCUUGUAUUUUACCUUGCCUGUAACUGCUGCCUUUACCAUUGUCCAUCCUUUGCAAUCCUGCCAAAUUGUUUACAAUUAAUUAGCUAGAAGUGCUCUGAAUUUGUCAUUCUAUCAAUUAGAAAUUGGUCUAGUCCAUUAAAUGAUUAAACGUUUCAAAUUAAUUAUAAUAAGCAGAUCUAUUGUAAUCAUUUAAAAUUAAAGCUGCUUGUACUUACAUCUUAGAACAUUGCUUCCUGAAUAGAUUUUCUCCUUAAACCAUAAUUCCAAUCUUACGACUACGUAUGAUUCUAUGUGUAACUUUACAUCUUAAGAGGCUUGAAUCUAGUCAUUUUGUAAUAUCAAUAAGUUACGUAAUAGUUCAUUUUUGAGCAAUAUAUUCAGAUGCUGAUGCCUAUUCAUCUCGUGUAAACUACUUAUGCAAUGGAGAAGCAAUCUAUGUAUCGGUCUGACAACCCUGGUAAAAUUUCCCACAAGGGUGAGUACAAAGUACAGUUCACGGAUGCAUCUGAGUACUACAAAGGCCGAAAUAGUACAAUAUUAGGCAAACCUCCUGAGAUUCCUCGCUCCUCUAGCUCUAGUCUUAAGUACAAUGGGCGCCCAUAUAGCAGUACAAGUAGUUCAAUAGGUAAUCUUAACUCUUGCUACACUAGCUCCUUAAAUACUAAGCAUUCUAAGGGCAGCAGUGCCUCUAACACAUGUAAGGCUGAUACGUUUGGAAGCACAACAUCUCUGGACCGACGUCGUUGUGGGUCAUCGCGGCGUCGUCAGCUAGAGUGUACACUACAGCCCAUCACUGACGUGACAAGGAGUGAGUCAUUAGUUGAGUACAAGCGGCAAGACAGUUCACCUGGUGAUCCCUCGCACCAUGUAGGUGGCAGCAGGAGGAAGCGGGAGCUUUUGGACUCCUCUGAGAAAAAGUCCAAGAUUCGAAGUCUGUAUACUGGAAGCUCCUCCCGCAGCAUUUCAGGGGACAGGUCGUGUAUGGGCAGCCGAUACAAGACUCGUGGAAGUGAUGACAUCAAAACGCUCCAGCAGAACAAUGAGAGACCAGAUGACUGGAUAAUGAAAGUCAAGCGCGCAGCCUCUCGCAGCCCAAUUAGAAAAAAUGAAAAGUCUCACAACAAUCGUGCUACAAUACACGAAAAAGAGAACAAUAAGGGCCAAGAAAGAGCUAGUCGCUAUACCUCUGAAAGACGCUUCAGAGAACGUGGACGUAGCCUCAAAAGACUUGGUUCAUCAGGCCCCAUCCCAUCUGACCAGUGCAACAAUAAUCUGGAUGAGGUAUGGAGCUUUGAGCCUGGCGUGAUGUGGUCGCGCACGCUGUCGAACCGACGCAUUGGCUAUCUUCUCUUCAACUGCAGUAACCUGGAUACGCCUCCAGCUGACUCGUAUCCGGCAAAAUUCAACAUGACCUACAAAUUUUCUCCACAAGCUGAGUCGAAGUUGAUACGGUUGGUGUUGGAGGCUCACGGCUUCACUGAAGUGAACAGCAGCAGCAGUCGCUUCAACCUCUACUGGAGCAGUGCUCACUUCAACCCCAAUGAGAUCAGGAACUUGCAGGACUGGCAGAAAGUCAACCACUUCCCACGGUCUUCGGAACUAACGCGCAAAGACCGCCUCUACCUGAACAUCAAGCGCAUGCAGCGUCAGUUCGGCAUCAAGCUCUUCGACUUCAUCCCUACGAGCUUCGUUCUGCCCACGGAGCACCGCGAGUUCUGCGAGACGCACCUCCGUGAACGCGGCACUUGGAUUGUCAAGCCUGUCGCGUCUUCUCAGGGCAAAGGCAUUUACCUGGUUUCUCAGGUCGACCAAGUGUCGCCCGACGAAUCGUCUCUAGUGAGUCGCUACAUUGAGUCACCGCUGCUGGUGAAUGGCUUCAAGUGCGACCUGCGCCUCUAUGUUGCUGUGACCUCGCUGGAUCCACUGCUCGUGUACAUGUUUGAGGAGGGCCUUGUGAGGCUUGCCACUGUUAAAUAUCAGCACAAGAAGAACCUCUGGAACCCUUGCAUCCAUCUCACAAAUUACUCCGUCAACAAAUUCCAUUCUAACUAUGUGCAUAACCAAGAUGCUGAAGUGGACGACGAGGGCAGCAAGUGGUCACUGAGCGCGUUCUUACGGCACCUGCGCGGGCGCGGCAUCGACACCGCGGCGCUCAUGCGCAGCGUCGAGGACGUCGUCAUCAAGUCCCUCCUCGCCGCCGCCUACCAGAUGAACACCGCCGCUGUCAUGUUCAUGCCGCACCCACGAAAUUGUUUCGAACUCUAUGGGUUUGACAUCCUCAUCGACGAGCAGCUAAAGCCGUGGGUGCUGGAGGUCAAUCUCUCCCCAUCUCUGAACAUUGACCAGCCUCUUGACCUCAAAAUUAAGUCCUCAAUGCUGGCGGAUCUUUUCUCCUUGGCGGGCAUUCUGAUCUGCAACCCAAGCACCUCCCGUCUCUCCACCAGGCCAUCAAUGAACCGCAAGCUCCCCAGCCUUAGGCAUUCAACUGAGACCUACGAGCGUCAGGCUGGCCGCUCAGGUGCACCUGCUUCGUCCCUGGAGGAGCUGCGGUUGCUGCGUCAGGUGAUGGAGGAGCAGCAGCGCAGGGGAGGCUGGGCACGUAUCUUCCCCACACCGGACAGUUGGAGCAGCUACGGGGGACUGCAAGAAUACGACAGUCCCCUCAACCUGAUGCUGCACACGCACCUCUACCCUCAUGUACAGCGCAACACCAGGCUGCGCGUGGUGAGGUGCAGCAGCGUGAGUACGAGUUCGGGUCUGGCCAGCUCCCUGGAGCGCCUCACGUGCUAUGAGCGACCUCUGCCCAAAGGCCUUGCCUUUAUUAAGGAUAAACUCGGCAUCGGAAAAUCUCAUGAGGAACAAGAGCAGCGCAGCCCUCAGGACGCUCACGCCGUGAAGCAGAACCUGCUGGAGGCACUCGACAACGGCCUCAAACUGAGCAAGUACCAGGCCCGCAUGGCGUUCAGCGUGUACCUGCAGCACGUGCAGCGGCGCCUCAUGAUCGGGUGCGACGAGGAGAACCAGACCGACCUCGUGUACCGCUUCCUGCGAUCUGCGUCUCGCACGCUGCAUCUCCCCAUCUCCGUCCAGUCUCCGAGCAAGAACUUACCUGAGGAAGCUCGUGCUGUGGUUAUCUCGAAGCAGCUCGGGGAUUUUAUCAUGGCUUAUACCAAAGAAACACAAACUCACCACGACCCUCCGCCUCCCGCAUCACGUCUGUCCGUUGACGCUGCAACGUCUAGGAGCUCAGUACCUGGUAUCCCGUCCUCAACGGAUGGAGAAGAUGACUGCGAAACUUCCAUGGCUGCAACUAGCGUGGCCUCGUCCAUUGCAACGAUUUCCUUGCCGUCCCACUCUAAUGUCACGUAUGCAAGCUGUGCCAUGGUUUCUGAGUAUUCUGACAAAUCGGUGCGCUUUUCUACAACUGCUCAUAAGACCAUAUCGCGCUUUCCUUCUACGUCUUCUUUCAGCGAUGUGACUCCUUCUGACGUCAAUGACCCCCUGAACCCUUUACUUCCACCCCGCCGCAGCUCUGAGGCUGAUGAAAUGGUGGGAUCUGUGAGCAGUUCUGGGUUUAGUGAUACAGAUCAGCCUGGAGACAACCCAUCAUCUGGCAGCACUUUGUUGCCUUCGCUUCUCAUCAGCUCGGAUCCUUCGUGUUCAGAUGGCGAUAGCUGCGUAGCGAUGAGUAGCAGUGGCUGCAGCUGGCGCACGGCUGAGGACGACGGGGAGGACGUGCAACACGUCGCUGCCUGCAGCCAAGCUCCGCCUGCAGGACACCAGCAGCAGGACGUCGUCGCCAUGGAGCUCUACCGGGCGUUCAUGUCCGCUGCCAAAGAAACGGACUUGGAAGAAGUGCUGGCGCUGCAGACGAAGCUGCACAACUCAGCAGGGAUGUUCCUGGACUCUGCAAGGCGCAGCGUGAACAGCAGCAGCAACAGAGCAGGCGGUGGCAGCAGCAGCAGACCGCGUACGCCCAACGCCUCCCCUCACGGCUCUCCUAGACGAGGUCGCAAGUCUCCCUCCAUGCACGGAAGUCAGAGUCGCAUGAGCGAACAGUCAGCACCAGUGACGAGCGAGGCUCAGGUUACCUCCUCCCUCGCUGUUCUGCCGGAACGUUCCUCCCUCACUACUUCAUCCCUCCAAACCCUGACCACGACCACUGCCGCUACUGCCAAGACUCCUCCUCAGUCCUCUUCGUGCUGCCUCUUCGGCAAUAUUCUCAAAGCUAGCCUCAAAGGAACUAACACAUCCUUCAAUGUUUGAGGACUGUAGCCAAUAGAAUCAUUCCUCCAGCAUGCAAAGCUGGUCAAGCAAGCUAAAAAAGACAGAAAUUUGGUAGCCAUUCUGGAUAAUUUUCGCAUCAUUUUCUCUUGCUGUUCGUGUUGACAAAGCAUUAUCUGCGCAGUAGUGUUUGUCCACGUUGUCGAAAACUAGAACUAGCAGCGAAAACUAGCAGCAACUAAUUUGUUUAUUACUAAUUUCCUUUCUUCUCGUGACUCGCUCAACAUCGAAUUAAGUAUUAGAUUUAUUGGGAUUGGAGCGCAGCUCCAAUUGCUUUGAAUUUACUUUUCUCUCAUAGUGAGAGGUAGAAGCACAACUGCUCUGCGAAUUCAAUUGUUUUUAUUGAUUUAUUAUUCGCUUUGUUUCAAGUUUCUUCUUCACUUUAUUAUUUUAUGUUAACUAUUUUCCGUUGACCGCUCUGUUAUUCUUUUCCUAGAAAGUUUUAUUAACUUUGUGUUUGUAUGGAGAACCAUGAGUAGCUAUAGCAGCAUUUUAGGCAAUUCCUACUUAGCUUUAUUACUGUGAUAUGUCUCACGUGACUGGGUACCAGUUUGUUGUUUACCCAUCCGCCUAAUCUCGUAUUUCAUAGUUCUGAGUACCGCCUUGUGACAAGUUAUCAUUCUCGAAGACUAUGACGUCGUUUGCUAGGAGUAUGACGUUGGUUGAAUCGUAAUCGUUAUCCAGUUUCAAGUCUGCCCAGCCUCGAGCCACACAUUAGCUGCUGAGCCUACCAUAGCGCCCUGUCAUGUCAGAAAUUCCUGCGCCUUUGCUGCUGCUUAUCUUUUAACUCGCGGGUGCUCUGCAUGAACAUAUCGCACGCAAGUUAGGAUGAGAGAACUUUGUGCUAGUUUACAUUCCCACUUUGAAAUUAAAUAUUCGAAACGUUAAAAAAACUUUGGUACUGCUUAGUUCUUUGAGAGGAAUUGUUGCAUUGUCGCCCAAUUUUGCAACUUCCAUACUCAUAAUUUUAGUCAGAAUCAACUCAGUCUCGAAACGACGAUGAAAAUCUACUAAGCAACUUUAAUAUGCCAUCAUAGAUGCAUGCAAUAAGUAAAUGUAAUUCACUGCAGCAGUAUAUUAUCCUAUAAACUUUUCUGCUCAUCAAAUUUAUGUAGAAAACCUUAGUGGCGCAACCUUCCGUUACAGCUUGCCGUCAUCUGCUACCAGACUCGUGGCUGAGUAUAGGGCUUGUUUACAACACUAAGAUUGGUUCUUAAGCGUCCAUGCUCCAGUAAGAGUUGCGUCCUUGAAUGGAAAAUAGAGAGUGGAAUAGAAUUUCAUUCUAGUGCAUGCGAAUAAUUUGUUUUGCUUCAUAAAUUAAUUGAUGAACUGUAUAAUCUUUCACAAUUGUGGGCGAAACUUGUAUUCCUAUUAGAAAAAAUAUAAUAUAAGUGUUUAUUACUAAAUUAAAAUCAAUGAUUUAGCCUCGUAAUCUUGGAGGUGACUCGACAUGUUAAUAGUUUCAAUAUUAACGAGCUAUAUAAUUCUUCGAAAUUUUUUUUAACUUAGGAUUUUUGAACAUAUUUUAUUUUGCACUUGAUUUUGUAACACUUCGUUUUCUUGAUUCAAUCGCCACUAAUUUACCGAAGGGAAUCUUUUUAUUAGUUAAUCUACAGAUCAUUUAUAUUGUAAUAAGCUAAUUUCAAAGCAACGUUCUAUUCACAAAUCAAAGUGGAUUUUCUUAUUGCAAUCUUCAGGUCGUGGGCUGUGCUGGGAAACUAGCGUCGUGCGCGGUCUUCGGAAACCUCGGGCGUUUACGAAUAGUAGCAUUGAAUUGUAUUUUUUUUUUGUUUUAAUGCUUCUUCUAGUAAUUAACGAGAUUCAUCAUGGAUUAUCCGAACUCGUAUGUUGAAAAUUAUAUUACUUAAAUUUAAGUUUCACUUGAAUUACCCGGCGCCAGCAACUUGAGUUGCUUGCCUCGGUAAUCAUUAGUGUGUACUUCUCUUCUGGUCAGGACUUGAAAUAAUCAUGAGUGUGAACUACUCUUCUGGUCAGUAUUCGAAUUAAUUCAACAAACUUAGUGUUUUAAUUUUACUGUGAUCUACGAACCUUUUCUAAUUUAAGUUUUGGUAUCCCAAGCAUACUUCUUACGUGGAAUUACUUUACUGCAGAUGAUGGAAGCAAUCAAUGACCUCUUGCAAAUCAGAUUGGCACCGAAGUAACUUGGUUCUUUUUUGUUAAAUUUCACGCUUUAUUACCACGGUAUUUUGUUUUGAGCAUCUAAUCGUUGCAACGAUGUAUUUGGAUUUUCCUCCGUCUAGGCUCUAAGCCGGCAGCUUUGAUAUGUAAGGUCCGUGCUAUGCUAGGAAUAACUGUAAUGUAACGGAAGGCGGCUCUUCGAUUUUUGUGUAGGGGAAGUUUCCAAACAGGUUUUUUUUUGUCACGUUGCCCCAAGAGAGGAUGCUAAAUGCGGCACAUACAUACUAGAAUAUAUAUACUACAAGGCUAUGCCAAAGAAUCGUGACAGACCUUUCUUUCAUCAGCAGUCGUACCAGUGAAAUAGAUUCCGUGAAGCUUUAGUAACUUCUCGGGCUGCUUCACUUUAUUGUAACAACGAUUCUAUUUCAUAGAUCUCGAAUUAGAUUUUGUCGCCAUUUUUCAUAUUAGUCUUAGGUGAUAAACUAUGUCUUAUUACUCUUAUAUGCCGUAUUCAUAAAGCGUUUAGAAUUCUAGAAUUUCUUAGUGAGUGGGUUUCACAAAACCCGUUCCGCAUGUAUUUCUGCUCGGAUCUCUUCACUUCAACUUAUCCUAUGUAUGGAAAUUUCACAAGUCUUUUCUCAUGGAGCUUUUACAACAAUAGCAUCGCACUUUCAACAUUCCUGAUGAACUGUAGCUUCAUCUAAAUAGGUUUAAAUUUUUCUGAUCUUUCAGUUCUCCUCUAUUUACAUUUCUUGAAUCAUUAUUUUAACCAUUUCAUUCUUAGGUCCAUCGAACAAUCUCUGUCCUGGCGUCAACUUUCUUUUUCAAAAUAACACCUCCGAGUCUCGCUCUAAUAGUGGCAUGUUGUCAUGGUUUACAGUGAGAUGGAUUUCAUUCAUUCCUCUCCUAUAUGUCGCUAGAGAACUUGCACAUUUUCCAAUCUUUGCAUGUACUAUUAUUGUGCGGCGUUUACAAGUGAUGACAUUCAAUCCAUUAAAAGGUCCGUUCUUUACUACGCAACUCUGCGGUGAUCUAUUGUGCUAUGCAAAUUAGUAUCGUAUCUAUUGUUCAUGUUCAAGAAGUCAUAAAAAUGACGGCUAUUGAUAGUUUUGUUCGCUCUAAGCGUAUGAUUGAGCUGCGAGUGAUAUAGUUCACGUUGAAAAGAAUUGCAUGCAUGCAUUAAUGGGAUACAUUCAAUCCAUUAGAGAAGCCCAGCAAUGUACAAGUUAGAUUUCCUUGUCGAUAUGCUUCCAAUGGGAUAAAAUUCAUUUUUAAUUCAGGCCUGUGCGUGUUAACAGCAACUGGUAUCUAGGAUUACCGUCCCAGAAUGAAUGAUUCCUUCAUCUUGAAGACAAACACGUUCCGCGUCAACGAUUUUCUUUCAACUUCCUCCGCCUUACCAAUAGGAAAGGAUAAAAUAAUCUCCACUUCCCUCAAUACUAGGAUAGUAAUAUCCACCUGUAGCCAAUGUAUGCCUUCUCUAGUACGAAUAAAUAUGUAGAA